ACAAGUGAUAUGACAGGGGAAAUUAUUUAUUUUCUUUUCGAAUAAAGUUUAAAAAUUAUAAAAUGUUACGACUGCUUGUAAAUUUUAACGUUAGGAUAUCUAGUAGGCGUACACAUGUAUUGUUUGGUUUACCUAUUGCCAAGCAUUCGUGUCAUCACUGCGGUCACAGGUUAUAUUUCUCUCACAAGGCCCCAGUCUUUAGGAAUUAUUACGAAAGGGCUUCGCACAGUAGAAAUGGUUUAUUUAAUACGAAAACGAGGUAUUAUUCGAGCCAAGUGGAAGUUAAAACUAAGAACGAACCUAUUGAAACGUCGAAAGUAAAUUCUGCAAUUACUGGGUCUAAGAAAAUAAAUGUAAAAUUAAAGCCUUCGGAAUUGAAGCGAUUAUUUGCAUUAGCAGCUCCGGAAAAAUGGACUCUGACUGGUGCUAUUGGAUUACUUAUCAUAUCAUCAAGUGUGACCAUGGCCAUCCCAUUCUCGCUGGGUAAAGUCCUGGACAUCAUCUACAGCAGUACAAAUGACCUGGCAGGAGCAAGAGAGAAACUUGACACACUCUGUUUGAUGCUCUGUGGAGUAUUUCUUAUUGGAGGCUUAUGUAACUUUGGAAGAGUGUAUCUUAUGUCAAUAUCAGGCCAGAGAAUGACACAAGCUCUCCGUAAACAAGUUUUCAACGCAAUAUUGCGGCAGGAACCCGCAUGGUUUGGUAAAACAUCCACUGGUGAACUGGUGAAUAGACUGUCGGCUGACACUCAGCUGGUGGGUCGCAACCUCAGCCAGAAUGUCAGUGAUGGCCUGAGGUCAUUGUUUAUGGUUGGAGCGGGGACUGGCAUGAUGAUGUAUAUGUCCCCAUCGCUGGCGAUGGUCGGUCUAUGCGUGGUGCCGCCCGUGUCGGUGCUAGCCGUCAUAUACGGCCGCUUCGUGAGGAAUAUCACAAGGCAACUGCAGGACAGUUUAGCUGAGACUAGUGAGCUCGCCGAAGAGAAGAUAUCGAACAUAAAAACAGUGAAAGCGUUCAGUAAAGAGCAGGCAGAGGGCGAGUCAUACGCGAAGCGGAUAGAGAAGCUUCUACAGCUAGCGUAUAAGGAGUCGCUCGCCGUCGGCAGUUUUUAUGGACUGACCGGUCUUUCUGGCAACGUGAUAAUCAUCCUAGUCUUAUACUACGGAGGCGGUAUGGUUGCCACGGAACAAUUGACAGUCGGCAACCUAACUUCCUUCCUGCUGUAUGCGGCGUACGUCGGCAUCAGUAUAGGAGGGCUGAGCAGUUUCUACACGGAGCUGAAUAAAGGAAUGGGAGCUGCCACAAGACUGUGGGAUAUUAUUGAUAGGGAGCCGGCAAUACCUACCACAGGAGGCCUAAGGCCCAAAGAGCGUCCAAAAGGCGAGAUAAUUCUAGAGAACGUUAAGUUCGACUACCAAGGCGCCCCGCUACUUAAAGGCCUAAACCUACAUCUGCACCCAGGACGGUCUUUAGCCCUAGUCGGUCGGUCAGGGUGCGGGAAAAGCACUGUAGCAUCACUCAUAUUGAGAUUAUAUGACCCUGUGGAAGGCAGGAUAUUGCUUGAUGGAGUGGAUAUUAGGGAGUUGGAUCCUGUUUGGUUGAGGAGUCAUAUUGGUUACGUUAGUCAGGAACCCGUGUUGUUUAGUGGAUCAAUAAAGCAUAAUAUUUUAUACGGAUCGUUAGACGAAUUAGAGGACUCCGAAGAACUAAAUGAAACAGAUAAAGAUAAGAAAAUGCCAGCGUGGCUAGCAGCAGCGCGGACAGCACAUCUACACCAGCUAGUCCGCGGCGGCGCCGGCGCCGGCAACGGCUGGUCGCGCAGCGUCGGCGCGCGCGGCGGACAGCUCAGCGGCGGGCAGAAGCAGCGCGUCGCCAUAGCACGCGCCAUCGUCAAGAACCCAAAAAUCCUUAUCCUAGACGAAGCUACCUCAGCGUUAGAUACGUUUUCCGAAUACCUAGUCGAUAAAGCACUGAAAAACAUAAGCAAAGACCGUACCAUGCUCACAAUAGCGCAUAGAUUGAGCACUAUACAGUCCGCCGACGAAGUAGCAGUUCUCGACGGCGGAGUGAUUGUCGAAAAGGGACCUUAUGCAGAACUCAUGGCCAAACAGGACGGCGUUUUCAGAGAAAUCAUCACGCAUCAGCGAUUAUCGAAAAAGCCACAAGAAGCGACAAAUGUUAAUGGAACAGUCACAAAUAUUAAUGGCAAUAUCUUAUAAGUUGUAUAUUUAAAUUACGAAAUUGAAUGUGAUAUACCAGAUUAUUUUUUAUUCCAAUUUAGUUUUAGACUGUUUUUAAAUAUCGGCGAGUUUACGUCAAUGUUUUAAAGAAAAUUUAUCAUAAUUUGAGAAGUGUCUGAUUUAAAUAAAUGUGAUCGCAUCUGAGUGAUGCUUGAUAUUUUCGAAACACACAACACACCGUGUAUUAAAAUUGAUCGUUUUGUUAUAAGAAUAAAUUGUGUUAGUAGGUAGCAGUAUUAAAAACAAACAGCUGGAACUGCAAUGAACUUUAUUCAGGUUUUGAAACUAUCUUGCUCAUUUCAUGAUUGCCUAAUCACUUUCUCUAAUCACAUAAAAAAAUGAUCGAUCAGCUUUGUGUUUUUGCGAACGAAAAUAUUGUUGUCUAAGACUCUUACUCUUACGUCAAGUGUUAAAUUUAGAUAGAAUUUAUCUUUCUAUACCUCGUUUUUUUAGCAUCAAGAUUGUUAACCUUUUUUCUAAUGCUAAUAAAAACGAGUUAUACGAUAAAAACAAAAGACUUGUUGACGUAGGUAAUGGUCUGCAAAUAUGUUUCUAUGAAUUUGCUAGUUUUACAAAUUAUAUUACAAUUACACUUCCUUCCAUUGCAAUAACUAUCAGAAUAGUAAAUAUUUCCGAAAGGACUGGAACGAUUUUUUAAUUGUUGUAAGUUUUAUAAUUGUAUAAAUGAAUGGUACUGUAAUGUCAACUCUAAUACCAUUAGCAAAAUGAUAAUAGUGCAAUUAGUAACAACAAUUAGUAAAUUAUUAUCUAAGCGUAGGUAUACUUAUAUACCUACUUAUAUCGCUAAGAUUUGUAAAGAUCCAUGAGUAAUUUUACAGUAAAUCAUUUUACAGUAAAAACUAGUUUUUAAAAUUUAAUUUGACUUGUUUCCUGAUAGAUCUUUAUAAAACUUAGGCUAACAUAACUAGACAACAGAUAAGGUAUUAAUUACGUUUUCAAUAUAAAAAAUGUGUUCAAAUCGCAUUAAUUUUUAUUUAUGACAGUUCAAUACGUAUUUUUAGUCUUACAAAAAGUUACAAUAUAAACGGGUAGCGGAAUAUUUUUGUCUGAAACAAAUAAAAUAGUUGUUGUUAUUUUUAAAA